CAGUGUUUGGAUUUGUAGACAGCUUGGUAAUCAUGGAUAUAAACUCUGUGGUUUCGGAGAUAAGCCGCCCAAAGGGACAAAAUGGCAGUCCAACGACUAAACGUUCUUCCUCUAAAUCCUCCAAGAAAAAAGCUCCUGCUAAACGUGCUACUGUUUAUUUCGAGGUGGAGAUCCUGGACGGCAAGACCCGGGAGAAGCUGUGCUUCCUGGACAAGGUGGAACCCAAUGCUACCAUUGCAGACAUAAAGAACCUGUUCACCAGAUCCCAUCCUGAGUGGUACCCGGCCCGACAGUCAUUACGUUUGGACCCCAAGGGACGGUCUCUGAAAGAUGAGGACAUUCUGCAGAACCUGCCGGUGGGAACAACGGCGACUCUGUACUUUAGAGACCUGGGAGCACAGAUCAGCUGGGUCACGGUAUUCCUGACCGAGUACGCCGGACCCUUCAUCAUCUAUUUACUUUUCUACUUCCGCGUCCCCUUUAUUUACGGCCCCAAAUACGACUUCAUCACAAGCCGGCACUCGGUGGUCCACCUGGCCUGCAUCUGCCAUUCGUUUCACUACAUAAAGCGUCUGCUGGAGACUCUGUUUGUACAUCGCUUUUCUCACGGCACAAUGCCGCUGCGGAACAUCUUUAAGAACUGUAUGUAUUACUGGGGCUUUGCUGCUUGGAUGGCGUACUACAUCAAUCACCCCCUGUAUACUCCUCCAGCAUUUGGGGAAGAACAAGUGAAAAUUGCCGUCAUCAUAUUUCUGUUUUGUCAGCUGGGUAACUUCUCCAUACACAUCGCUCUGAGGAACCUGAGGCCAGCCGGUUCAAAGACGCGGAAAAUUCCCUUCCCGACACGUAACCCCUUCACAUGGCUCUUCCUGCUGGUGUCUUGCCCCAACUACACAUAUGAGGUGGGCUCCUGGAUCGGAUUCGCCAUAAUGACUCAGUGUCUGCCCGUGGCACUGUUCUCAUUGGUCGGAUUCAUCCAGAUGACAAUUUGGGCCAAAGGAAAACACCGCAGCUAUCUGAAGGAGUUCAAGGACUACCCACCUCUCCGCUCCCCCAUAAUGCCCUUCAUCCUGUGACCUCUGACCCCCUCAAUUUAGUCUUUUUUAUUUUGGAUCUCAUGCCCCCUGUCCCGGAACUCUAAACCUCACUGCACUGAACACUGAGCCCGCUAGGUCUGUCUCCUCAUGGCCCGUCCCUGGAAUAACUCAUCUCCAUCCUCCACAAUAGGAGGGGGGGGGGAUUAUUAUUAGUUGAACUUGUCAACACGUUUUGGUACUAAUAUACAGGAGAUAAGAAUAAAAACUUGACAUUUUAAUUAA